AUGAGACAUGCAUUUAACGUAAGUGAUAUUGAUCCUGUAACGGGACAUGUAUUCAUCCGGAAAUUACGCUCACGCUUGGGAAUUAUCAAGGGAACUUCAAAGACUUACAGUGGUGAUUGUGUUUACAGCAGUAAUGGUUGGAUUCUUCGUAUCGGUUAUCCUAACCUUGGAAUUGUACCUGUGACUCGUAGCAUGUUGCGUACUGAUCCCCUGCUGAUAAUUAUUGCUAUUGAAGCUAGUAGAUGUCUGGGAGAGCUUGGGCCUGUUGCUCUUGGAUCACCAGUCUUUUCUUUAGUAGAUAAAAAUCCUUUAAAGUUGCAGCCACUGGAUCGCACAGAUGGCAGUUCAACUUCUCAGUUGAUAUCAAUUUUGAACAGGUACCUUACUACUGACCACAUAGAUAUUGUUGAAGCUGCCAGCAAUGCUUUAUAUAAAAUCUUAGCCACUCAAGAUGGGUAUAAAGCUGCUCGUAGUCUUGAAGAAGGCGUUUUUAAGGCACUAUAUCCCUUCAUAUCUCGUCAUAAGUCUAAAGCUGGUUCUCCUAGUGAUACUGGCAUUGAUGGUGCUACAUAUAAGAUCAUAGUUGAAAACUCAGAAAAGUGGAUUGGUGAAAGUAAUUUCGAAAAGUGGAUAUGCAGUCUGACAUGUUUGUUAAUUGAAGCAGGGUGUGGUAGUGAGAUUAUGACGUAUGCACUUCCUGUUUGUAGAAUAAAGCCUGAGGUCUGCAUGUUUAUUCUUCCAGUUGUCAUUCAUAUGGCAGUAAAAACAGACAAAAUAAGUAGAAGAGAUGUUUUGUCCAAUCAGUUUACAAUAUUUUUCCACAAGCAUUGCACUGAAUUAAAGAGCUCUCCGCAUCAGAACAAAAGGGGACUCCAAGUAUAUGCAUGGACAAAAAUGCAAUUCAAGUUCUUUUAAAGGUAAUAAAUUACCUCAGAGCCCAGACACCAGCUGUAGGUUUUACAAAAAGUCAAAGAUGCACUCCAUGGGAUAGAAACCUCUGGCUGAAAGUAAAUUACUUGGAAGUUGCCCAAGCAGCAUAUUACUGUGGUGCAUACUUUUCAGCACUUCUGUUUCUAGAAAUUCAUUGUGAAAUUUUGCUUUCGGAAGCUCAUGAAAAACACCACAAACAAGUAAACAAUAGACAGAUGUCAAGGCUUCAACGUGUAUCAUUUCAUAAAGAUUCUUCUGUGAUGCAAAAACUAUUGUUAAAAGUGUACAGCAGUCUUGGAGACAGUGAUGGAGUUGAGGGAUGUGGAGGUAGUGCAAAAUUGUUGGAUCCUUCAAUUCGAGGCAUACGUAGUAAGCACAGGGGCCAGUGGAUAAAAACUCUUGAAAUCAUGAUGCAGCUAACUCAUUAGGAG